AUGAAAGGUCAGACAUGGUUUGGAGUGAAGGGUAAGUUAGCACCGAGAUAUGUUGGGCCUUAUGAAAUCCUUGAGAAAAUUAACCCGGUGACGUAUCGGAUAGCCUUACUUCCAGUCAUGGAAAAUAUGCAUAAUGUCUUUCAUGUUUCAAUGCUUCGGGACUAUUUGAGGGACCCAUUUCAUGUUAUUGAGUCGACACAUGUAUUUUUGAAAGAUGAUUAUAUGUAUGAAGAACGACCAAUUCAAAUCAUUAACCGAAGAAUCAAGAGACUGAGGAACAAAGAAAUUCCAUUGGUGAAAGUUGAUUGGCAAAAUCAUGGUGAAACUUAUGCUACAUGGGAAACGGAAGAAGAUAUGAUAAAAAGAUAUCUAGAUUUGUUUUCGUUGAACCCAACGUUCUUCCAAAAUGAAGGAAUAUAUGUCUCUAAUUUUGUUCUAUUCUGUAAAUUGAAGGCCCUAUCAGCAUCUGAUCAUGAAGUUGACUUGUGUCUGAAGUACGGCCACAACGAUGGGGACGAUGUCAAUGGUGACGACGAGUGUUGA